UUGAUCAGCAGCUCAAUUAAACUAACAGCUCGUGUUAAAUGGCGCACUGAAAAUUCUUAUUUUAAACUAUAAUCGCGUGUGUACAAAGUGAGAAGACAUUUCUCGACAAGAGAAGAUUAUUAUUUUUGAUAUCAUUUUAACUUCCUCUUUUUUAUUAUUUAUUUUCUUUUUAUUUAUAAUUAUUCUUCAAAAUUUUUUGCAAAAGAAAAAAUAAUAAUAAUAAUAAUGAAGGUUUUAAAUACGAUUUUUCUACUACUGAUUUUUGGUUUUAUUAAAAAAGGAAUAACAACAAAUUUUACUAAUAUUGCAUCAAAAAUAAUUAAUGACAAUACAUUGGAAUUUCAUGAAAAAAUGAAACAAUAUUGUUUAAUAAAUUCAGGUCCAGAUGCAUUGAAAAUUUUUGAAAAAGCCGAAAAUCAAUUAAAAACAAAAAUCCAAUUAACAUUAGAAACAUCAUUCAAUGAAAUGAUAAAAAUGAAAUUUGUACAUUUUAAAAAAUAUUUUCAUGAAUUUUGUAAUAUUGAUUUUGUUGUAUAUAAUUAUUUUAUUGCAACAAAACCAUGUCUAAUUGAAAAAACAAGUUAUUCUGAAAACGAAGAUCAUUUGAAUCAUAUUCGUGAAGAAGAAAUUUUUCCCAUUUCAAAAAUUCAUCAAGUUAUCGAUUCAAUUUGCAAUGAAAUGAAAAAUUCCUUAAAAGAAGCUAUUGACUCAAGAUGUUUUGCAGAAAAUUUUUCAAAAUUGGAACGUUGUUUUUUGAAAAAUGAUUAUUUUAAAAAUUAUAAUUGGAUACUCACAAAUUUUAAUACAACUAAUGUGAAUCCACGAAAUUUUCCCUAUCAUGUCAUCACAAAUGCGCAGCCAUCAUUUCUUAAUGAUUUACAGAAAAUCAUUGACUUUAGAAGAUGUCUCAUUGAUACAUUGAAUAUCUGUAAAUAUUCAUCAUUGGGAUAUAAUAUUGAAUUAAUUUUCUUUCCUGAUAUAGAAAAUAUUAAUAACCUAAUGGAAUAAUAAUAUUGUUUUCUAUUUUAUUUGUAAUUAAGAUUUUUUUAUUUAUUCUAAUUUUGAUAUUAGUUUUUAGAUUAAAUUUGUUAUUUUUUACUUUGCAAUGAAUUUAUAGAAAUACACAUCAAUGAAUAA